AUGGAGGAGCCCGAAAACACAGAUACCAUGAACUUGCAAGCUCCAAAUCAGCCUAUCAAUGACAAUCAAUGCCCUGCUGAAAAUACAGAAGUACAAAUUACAACUAGCAAACGUGGUCGUGGCCGUCCGAAAGGGUCGAAAAACAAGCACAGUGCCACAACUUCAGUUACUAACAAUAAUCCAAGCACUACAGAAAUUCAUCGAGGGCCUGGAAGACCUUGGAAACAAGCUGUGAGGUCAAUAACACAGGUUCAGACAGUGGAUGGCCCUGUGCAUAUGGAACCUGGGAUAAAUAUGCAUCAGCCACUUGCUCCUAUUUUUCUUCCUCAAGCAGUUGCAGCAGUCCCAGAUCAGGUGCCAGUUUCUCUUCCAUCAGACCAAAACCCAAUAUCAGAGCCAACAUAUCAUGAAGAAGUUGAGACUUUUGUUCUUCCUGCACAUGAUCCUUUACAGCAAUUGGAUGACUCACCAGGUGAGGAUGAUUUGGACAGUUUUCUUGGACUAGGCAACAGCAAUGGGAUUAAUGGUGAUGCUGCAAGUGCUGAGGGAGACUUUACUGAGGAUGAUGGUGAAACUUCUGGGCAACUGCCAUCACUGGUCUUGGAUGCAUUCUGGAAAAAAAUUGAGUAUCUCAAGGGUUUGACAGAAGGUCAAGGGCGAUCAGCCAAACACUUGGUUUAUGAGAAGCUUCAUUAUUCAUACAUCUGGUACAAGCACUAUUGCUUGUUCUGGGAUAUUGGUUCGCCAUGGUUAUUAUGCAAUCAGUGCAAGCCUGUCCACACUUUCUCAAGCUGCAAUCCUUUAGUCAUAGCCAAGCUACCUAGGCCUCUUGCUGCACAAUUCCCUGCCUACCUUAGUAAACGAAGUGGUCUCUCAAAGCAGGUUUUUGUUAUCAUGCGUUGCUGCUUUCAAAAUAGCUUGGGAGCUAAACAAUUUGCAGAUAGCCUAAAUGUUCUUCACCACCGAUUUCAUGAUAUGCUGGAAGUUCAGUAUUUGCAAACUGUUCUUGAACGUGAGAGUGGAUUAUACAAGCCUUUUCUUUCCUUUGAGUCCAGUCCAAGUGCUGCACCCUCUGGCCAAUACUGUCGGGAUAUUUAUGAUAGAGAAAUUGAAGCUCAUGAAAAGGAGUUUGAUCAACAUACUGCUCAAUUAUCAUCUUGUGGUAUGGGUAUUGACCAUUCACACAAGAUUACCAAACAAAUUGCAAAGAUCCAGAGUGAACCUGUUUUCACAGGCCUUCUUACUAUGACUAAUGAAUUUGGUGAAAUACGAAUCUGUGAUCUUGUUCCAACGAAAGCCCACUCUCAGUUUGAUAUUGCACUUACACGGAUGAAUCAUUCUAUUAAACUGUUUGGUCUUGAACCUCCUCACAUAAUCUUCACAGACAAUCUGGCAGACAAGCCAAUGCUUGAACGACACUUCCCCAGCCUUAAAGAAGGAGUACGACCUGUUAACAGUCUUGGUGACCUACCUGUCUUGCAACUUCCCUCUGGAUGUAUCCCUAAAGUUUUUCAAACAGCUACACAAAUUAAUUCAGCAAUCCUUAGCUUCAUUGACACCUUUUCACAUCUUGAUGGGGACAAACUGGUUGUUGGCCUAGAUACUGAAUGGGAUGUUGAUCUAUCAGCACGAAGACAAGGUGUACCUGAUCAUCGAAAAACUGCAAUCAUGCAGAUUGCUUAUGGUAAUGAAGUAUGGAUAUUUCAGUUGAGUGAACAUAUUGCUAAUGGAUCAUUUCCUGCUCAAUUGUCAACAUUUUUGGCAAAUUCUCAAAUUCUCAACGUUGGAAGAAAUGUUUUAUUGGACUUGAAAAAUCUGGAAGAAGAUAGUGAAUCCUCUACUCCAUUUGUUGGAGGUAUUGAUCUAGGAUGA